GACUGAAUUUGUUAUUUGCUGUUGGGAGAAGUUGUGAAGGACGGUUGGUCCAUACUCACUUGUUCUUGGAGCCUUGGGGUCCCCCUUUCUGUGGCUCCCUACUGCUUAGGGGAUUCUUAGGGCAACCUGUCCUUGCUUUUGGAUCAUGCCUGUUUUUUGGUGUCCGCGGUGCUUUAGUGAUGCUGUUGCUGAUGGGGUAGUUUUGGUUUGCAUGAUGGAGGAUCUCGCUGGUUCUUGUUCUCUUGUUGUGGACAUCCUAGCGAUACUCUUACCCGGUCAGUUGGAGGAUGAUUGCCAAUCAUUUUAUGCCGUCUUGAAUGGUCAGAGCUUUCUCUGUGUGGACAAUGGAGCAUGCCCGGCCAUGGAGCUCUUUGGACUUGCUUUGGACUCGACUGUACAAGAAUUGGGCAGCACGUUGUGGACUCAGCUGGAUUGGGUGUAGAGCUUGUGUUGGCCUGUAUCUUGGAGCGGGCACUCAAAGUUCUACCUUUCACUUUUGCCAAUGCACGUUGGACUUGCGAGAAAGAUGAGGACGGGAAAUCAAGAUGUGGAUUACUUUCUUUUUUGUUUUGGCCUGCGUGCCAUUUGGCAGUUUGUUGCCUACAUUUGAUCUUCAAUUGUGUUUCGUGUUUGAGGGUGUGGAUGUAUUUUAUUUAGAAUUUGUGAUUAGUGCUUGCAACCGUGUUGUGGUUAGCACUUGAAUUGUUGUACCUUUCUGAUUUGGGUAAUAAUAAUUUACAUGUUACCCG